GAAAAAUCCAUAAGAAUAUCGAGGGCAGCAAAAACUUGCGGAAACCUGAGAACGUCAAAGUAAAACUAACCUCACUUUAUUCAGUGACAACGCGCACGGAAAAUCCUCGUGAAAAUGCACAGCCUGAGGAAUAUCUCGAGAAUCAGCUACUCCAGCUGGCGCAGUGUCAUCCACGGAUGUCGACUGAGCAGUGCAGCGGCCGCGCCAGAGGUGGAAAGAGUGGUGAAAAUGCAAUUGCCGCCACAGGAAGGUUCCAAUGCACCGGAGAAUCCCAAACUCGUGAAGCUGGUGAACGAGAUUGCUGCCCUCAAUCUGCUAGAGGUCUCCGAGCUCAGUGGGCUGCUGAAGACGAAGCUCAACCUGCCGGACGCCUCGUUCAUGCCGAUGGCAGGUGUGGGAGUGGCCGCAGCGGCGCCGGCUGACGAGGAGGAAGUGGCCACCAAGGUUGUCCAGACGGCGUUCAAAGUGAAGCUGAUGAAGUUCGACGAAAAGCAGAAAGUGGCCCUCAUCAAGGAGGUGAAGAACCUGCUGGAGGGCAUGAAUCUGGUGCAGGCGAAGAAGUUCGUCGAGAGCGCUCCGGCGCUGGUGAAGGAGGAUAUCCCCAAAGAUGAGGCGGAGAAGCUCAAGGAAGCCUUAACGAAGGUGGGCGCAGAGAUUGUAAUUGAGUAAUUUGGACUUAUUGCACUAGAAAUAAAGGAUAUUUAGUCAUUUGUACAGCG